UAUAAGGUUAAAACAUGGCAUACUGCCCACAUUUAUACUAAAAACAAACUGGAAAGCAGCGACUGUAUUCUGGUCUGUUCAAUAACAUCUGAAAAUACUUUUCCGGCCUGUAACAUAUACAUGGCCCACGAUUGCCCUCUACAGGCGAACAGUGGUGUCUGCAAUCAUUCACGGAGUAAAGGCGAUUUUGCAAAAUCGAUUUAGACCAAUUCAGAUUUGUUUAGAAAUUACACGAAUUAUUUAAAUGUCGAGUGAUUAACUGCUUAAAUUUGACGCAGUAUAGAUGUUUUUAUCCAUGAAACUUCCAUCAACACUUAGGUUUCAUUAUUUAUAUUUGGGUUAAAGCCAUGUAACUCAAAUGACCAGUUAAAGACGCAGUUAACUGGCUAUUGUACCGUACUACUUACUAUAACAAUUAACAAUUUAUUUAGUUUUCUGUUCUGUUUGAAACUGUAUCAUUGAUUACCAGUACAUAACGUAUGUAUCGAUAUCAUGUAUCGGUAUGUAUCGGUAUGUAUCGGGUAUGUAUCACCCGUUAGUACUUAAUGAACGUGCCUAUUGCGCAUGCGGAACAACCUAAGGCACUAAAUGCGUUUUGCGCAUGCUCAACAACCACAGACGAAUAGUAAUCCUCGCAAACUGUCGUUUUCGUCCGGUUGAGUAUUAAAGUAGCGUUGUAAGGUUUUGUAAAUAUUACCAAAUUAAUGGUUUAGCCAAUGACCAAAAACGGUUUGUGUUAAGAAGUAAGUCCUCAUCAAGCAUGCCACAAAACCUGGAGAGUAACAGAUUUCCAUCAUCCUUUAACCAGUGUACAUCUCCAUCACAAGGCGUUGUCCUUAAAAAGCGCCACUUCCUGCAUGCUCUUGUGUCUUCUAUGAGUAAAAAAGCAAGAAGGAUGGGCAGCAAUGAGAGAGAUAAUCCAGAGACAAACGAGUUACUAAGCUUGUGUAAAGUUGACGCAGCUGUUAAACCUAAAAGCUCCAACUCGGAAGAACUGACAUUGUAUCCGGAUGCGCAGCCUCUGCUUAGAGUUCCACGAAAGCAUCGUAUGAGGGAUCAGUAUGGAUACCUAUUGGCAAACAAAUGUAUGGCAAGGGCGCCAGCCUCUACCUCAUGGUCACUUGCAUCACACAUGUCAGGGUGUAGCAAGCUUGUGCUCAGUGUCAGAAGUCUUAAACUUGGAAAACUAAACAUGAUUUUCAGAGGGUUUGUCACAUUUUCAGUGGAUUAUAUUGAGAUUACAAAUGGAGUGCGAAUUGAGGCGUUAGAGCUCACCAGCUGCGAAUGGUGCAGGGGACAUAAACUGCCGACUUUGUUUCUGCAAAUGAGCGAUGCAGCACGAUGCCAACUGAGAGAGCAGUUUGCCAUGUCUACAGAUGCAAGGAUGUGGGAUGGCUGUCUGAGUGAGAAUCAACAAGAAAAGUACCUCGGAAUUAUCUUUGAGAGUGUUCCAACAGUGCUGGAGGAGGCCACACUAGAAGAAAUCUUUACCAAAAUUGGAAGACUUAAGAAUUUAAAUAACUUUUAUGUCAAGCUCACAUGUAAGGAAGCCAGUGACAGACUAAUGGCACCUAAACAUUUACAGAAGGGGUUGUACUGCGAUCCCUUCUCUCCCACUAAAGUUCAGAGUGACGUAAUCCUGAGUGUCUCAGAGAGCGAUGUGGAGGAUGAUGACGAUGACAACCUGAUAGUGUGUCCAUCCUCACACAAUCAAUUAGCCAAAACACUGGUCAUGUAUCCACCUCCCCCAGCAAAGGGUGGCUUUUCCAUCACUGAAGAAGACCUUAGUUGUCUCAAUGAGGGCAAAUACCUAAAUGAUGUGAUAAUGGAUUUCUAUUUAAAAUAUUUGGUCUGUGAGAAGUUACAGAAGGAGGAUUCCAACAAGUAUCAUGUAUUCAGCUCCUUCUUUUACAAAAGUCUCACUCAGAAUGACCUGAUAGACGAUCUGGACAGCACAGGUUUAUCCGUUCAAGAGAGGAGGCAUAAUCGGGUGAAAACCUGGACCAGGCAUUUGGAUCUUUUCAAGAAGGACUUUAUCUUUGUACCGAUUAACCAGUCCGCUCACUGGUACCUGGCUGUUAUCUGCUUCCUGGGCCAAGCAUCAGACUGCUUUAUUAUGGAUCCUUAUGAGAGCAAGAACGAGGAGAACUCUAUAGUGCUUUCUCGCAGCUCACCAUUUUCAAACCCCAUGUCACUUUUCUACAGACUCCAAACACCUAAGCAGGUUUCAAAGUGGAGUGCAUCUCAAGGUGAGAUCGAUGAGGGGUUCUGCUUUGUUUCAGAUGAUGACCUAGGUGACGAAUUUCAGUACAACGGAUCCAGCAGAUAUGCAUGCAAAAUAAGUGAUACUGCUUCUAAACAGCCCUGCAUUCUCAUUAUGGACUCACUCAACUGUAGUGACAAACCAACAGUAGUGAAAACACUACAAGAGUAUUUGGAGAUGGAGUGGCGAGUGAGGAAGGGCUCAUCGUGGAGUUUUGGGAAACAAGCCAUGAAUGGAUGGAGUGUGCAGGUCCCACAGCAGGAUAAUCAUACCGACUGUGGGGUUUAUGUUUUGCAGUAUGUGGAAAGCUUCAUCACAAACCCACCAAGGACUUUUCAUCCUGACAUGGAUCUGAGGGAUUGGUUUUCACAGACACUUGUGAAAAAAAAGCGGGAAAGAAUAAAAAGGCUUAUUUUUAGACUCCACCAGGAACAGAAAGCUGACCUCAGAAAAUGAAUGCCACCCAGAGAUCAACCACAAUUCUGUUAGCUCAACUUUCAAAAGGCUAUAUAGAUUAAAUGAUUUUGUUUCCUGUAUUUAGACAAAGAACAAUUUUGUUUGUAAGAUUAUCUAACAGUAUAUAGCAAAAUAAAGUAUUUAAUUGAG